AUCUUUUUAUUAUGAACCUGGGAUCAGAGUUCAGACAUUGGGACUGUACAGGGAGUUGGUCUUCUUCAGAAUGAGAAGCCUUCAGUUGAAGAGGAAUAACUUGAUGUGAGUGUUCAAAGGACCAGAGGGAUCUAUUGCAGUAAGGAGAACUGUUUUGACAGUGGACCGAUAAUCCACACAUGAGCCAAAACGUCCUCAAUCUGUAGAGUACAGACCAGCUCUGGAGUUUAUUAACAAAGAGUUCAGAACUAAAGAACACUUCCGGAGAGACUUCCUGUCUAGACAUCCGCUAAAAUGGCAGAAGAAAACCCUCCUCCUCUCAAACAUUUCCUGACCUGCAGCGUGUGCUCUGAGAUCUUCAAGGACCCGGUGUCUCUGGGCUGUCACCACAGCUUCUGUUCCAGCUGUCUCCAGGAGUUCUGGGCCCAAGCUAAGAACAAGAACUGUCCCGUCUGUAAGAGGAAAUCCUCAAAGGAUAUAGUGGUUAACUUUUCCAUCAAGGAGCUCGCUGACUCCUACACUGGAAGACAGAGGUCUGACCCCUCUGAUGAGGCCCAGGUGGUCUGCACUGAGCACUUAAAGGAUAUCAAGUGGUUCUGUAAGGAGGAGCAGAGAGCUGUGUGUCAUGUGUGUGAGUUCCCUCACCACCAGGGUCACACAGUGGUUCCUCUAGAAGAACAAGUCCAGGAGCUGAAGCAGCAGCUGACACAUGACCUCACGGCUCUACAGGCCAGGAGGAGCAGACACCAGGAGCUGGAGGAGACGUAUGAGGCCAUGGUUCCUCACCUCAAGGGACAGCGGGUGAAGACCGAGAGGCGGAUCAGAGCAGAGUUUGAACAGCUUCACCGGUUCCUGAGAGAGGAAGAGGAGGCCAGAGUGGCGGCCCUGAGAGAGGAAGAGGAGCAGAAGAGGAAGAGGAUCCUCCUGGAGAGGAAGACCCUUCAGGAGCAGAUCCGGUCUCUCUCAGAGGGUCUCUCGGCUGUAGAAGCAGACCUGCAGAAGGACGGCCUGUCGUUCCUCAGCGCUUCCACUCGCUCCCGGACCAGCGCCAGAGCCCUGCUCUCCGGUUCUGAUCCCCAGCUGCUUCCUGGAGCGCUGCUGGACGAGGCCAAACACCUGGGAAACCUGGCCCACAGAGUCUGGGAGAAGAUGGGGCAGAGGACCACCUUCAGCCCCGUUAUUCUGGACCCAAACACUGUAUCAGACUGCCUCUCUCUGUCUGAUGAUCUGACCAGUGUGAGACAUAACGAUGUAACCCAGAAGGUUCCUAACAACCCAGAGAGGUUCACUUGGUACAGUAAUGUACUGGGUUCUGAGGGCUUCAGCUCAGGGGAACACUGCUGGGAGGUGGAGGUGGGAGACAAUCUUCACUGGCUAAUAGGUGUUGCUAAAGAGUCAGUGGAGAGGAGAGGAGAGUGUACUGCUUCACCAGAUGAUGGAAUCUGGUGUUUAUUCAAUACCAGUGGAAAGUACACUCAGGGUACUGGUGAAACCCUGACAUUGAAGAGGACUCCAGAGAGGAUCAGAGUCCAGCUGGACUAUGAUGGAGGGGAGGUGUCCUUCUACGACCCUGAAGACAUGACUCUCAUCUGCACCUAUCAAGACACUUUCACUGACAACAUCUUCCCUUGGUUUAGUUUUGGAGCAGCAGGUAAAGCCCGGACCAAAGAUGUUAGAGUGUGUGGUGUCUCCUCACGCACUAAACCAUGUAAAUGAAUGUAACCUUGUCAGUUCUGUUUGCCUGCUAGAGUCUCUGGUAUGUAGAAACACGGUAUCAUAUAUAUAUAUACAUAUAUAUAUAUAUAUAUAUAUAUAUACAUAUAUAUAUAUAUAUAUAUAUAUAUAUAUAUAUAUGUAUAAUAAUCGGGUAAUAAUCAAAUAGUAGAACAAAGAAACAAAUCAACAGGUAUAUUACAACAAAAUAAUACGAGUCCACCUUGUGGUCAAUGUAUGGAAUGACACAUAUAGUCCACAGAGCAAGAAAACACUGCCUGCAGUUACACACACACACACACACACACACACACACACACACACACACACACACACACACACACACACACACACACACACACACACACACACACACACACACACACACACACACACACACACACACACACACACACACACACACACACACACGCGCACACACAUAUAUAUAUAUAUAUAUGUGGAUCAAUAUAUCUAGUUGUGUAUAUAUAUGAGUAUAGUAUCAUAGGCGGUAGAGGACGGUCAGUGAAGGUCUCGGUGCAGCCUGUGGAUCAUUAACAGUGAGGGGUGGGGGUGUUUUCUUGUUAACUGGUACAAAUGGAAUUGUAUGUUUAAUGUUGAUAACAAGGGUCUGUAAUAGAACCACACAUGUAGAGAAAUCAAUUAUAUUGUUAAUAUUGUUAUGUUAACACCUACACAAGAAUCACAUGGGGAAAUAAUAAUCAUCUAUCAAAUGGUUGGUUGUGUAAUUCUAUUACUUUUGGUUUUAGUCAAUGCUGUUCAUUCCUGUCCGUGUCUUAGUCUACCCUCACUGUUUGGGACGUAUUGGUUUAUACAUAUUCACGCAGGGAAUAGAAAGGGGUUAGGGUUUGAUUCCAGGGUUUAGGGUUUAGUAACAGAGGAAAUCAAUCAGAACAUAAUGAUGAAUUAAUUAUUAUGUUAUUAUGUUAUUAAUUAUUAUGAAUAGUGAUUAUUCAGGUAACUGUGAUUCCAUUCCCGUUAACCAAUUAAAAGUUAUUUCUUACAAUAAACAUGUGUCGGCCUGUUCUAUGAUUCAUGUCGUUCAUAACUCCUCCAGAAGCCGUCCUGACGCGUACAACAGGAAACCUUCUUCACGCACACAUUUUGAUUUUGAUUUAAAUUGUGAAGCCGAAGCGUUCUGGUGACGGGACCUGGUUGUAGAUGAGGGCAGGAAUCGGUGGCUCAUACCAGAGCUGGACGUCCGGGCGCAGCCGCUGGUUCCUCCACAGCGUGGACGCAAUCCAGCGCUGGUCCUGCUGGGGAAUGGUCUCCAGGAGACCAGGAGGGGACCAGGAGGGGACCAGGAGGAG